CGACGACCUUUCCGUAUUCUUCUCACUUCGUCGCUGCCAUCCGCCAACCUACCCUGGUCCUCGAUCCAGCAGCAUGUCGACAUCUUCCUCAAUCACAGGACCUAUUCCGCCGCCUCGUGGCCUUCCCAUAUCGGAACCUUCACCUGCAUCCCAGCCGCUCGUUGUCAAAUACAGGGGCGCGACUGUCGAAGAUCUGCAGCUGUCGCCCGCCGUUUGUGUUGGUCUCGACGCCACAGUCGGCAAUGCGCUUGAUGUCGCUUUCGACCACGAGUACGGCCAGCUGCCUGUGCUGAGCGACACCAAUGGGAACCGGAGGCUGACCGGGUAUCUCGACGUCAAGAGCUUGAGGGAAGCCGUCGACGCCGGCAAGCUCAACAAGUCGGACAGCGUGAAGGCUAAUAUGGUCAGAUUUUCCAAGGAGCAGAAGCCAUCCCAGCCAGCGAACCAGUCUAGUGAUGAAAAGAAGGUCUUCACCCUCAUUACACCAGAGACUGGCCUCGGCGAGCUCGAAGCCUUUCUGACUAUCUACCCCUUUGCUCUCGUCACGGAUGCUUCACGCAACUUUGUCCUGGCCGUUGCCACGCGUGAGGAUCUGGCAAAGUACGCUCAACGAAGGGGGAUGGAGGAGCCGCAAGGCAAUACGACACCCACGCAGCGACAGCAGAAGACUGGCGAUGUCGAGAUGACUGAUGCCUCUGCAGGCAACACGACGCUCCAGGGCGCCACUUCGACGACUGUGCAGCCAAUGUCGAGGCGUGAGGAGGAAGAAAAGAGAAAAGACAGAACCUUGGCAGAAUUCCUGAGAAUGCUCGAUGGGUACCGACCGCUGAUUCCCGAUGAGGUCACGGAUCACUACCUAGAAAAGGUCGGGUUCGAGUGCGAGGAUGUGCGACUCAAACGUCUCUUGUCGCUGGCUGCAGAAAAGUUUGUCGCCGACAUCGCAGCAGAUGCCUUCCAGUACGCUCGCAUUCGCACAAAUGCUGGGCCGGGCGCAAGAGGCAAAGGAGCGGGCAACAGCACUGCAGCUCAAGCUGCUGCUGCGGCUGCCGCUACAGCCGGUGCGACUGGCAGCAAGGACCGGUCCAGGACAGUCUUGACGAUGGACGACUUGGGAGCGGCGUUGGGAGAGUACGGCGUCAAUGCUCGAAGGGCAGACUUUUACCGUUAAACAGUC